AAUGCCAGCCUGUAGAGAUGUGGUAUCUCCGCCAGCUCACCAUCGCCGUCCUGAUUGUGUCCUGUGUCACUGGAGUCCUGGGUAAUGGGCUGGUGCUGUGGAUGGCCAUAUUCCGCAUGGCCCGCACGGUCACAAUGAUAUGGUUCAUCAACCUGGCCCUGGCUGACUUUACUGUCCUCCUGUCUCUGCCCAUCGCAAUAUAUGUCAUGAUGAAUGGCUGGUGGCCAUCUGCUACGGUGGUCUGUAAACUCUACAUGGCUUUUGUGGCCCUCAACUUCUUCGUCAGCAUCUAUCUUCUGGUCCUCAUCUCUGUGGAUCGCUGCAUCUUGGUCUUGUACCCUGUGUGGGCCAGGAACCACAGAACGGUGCAGCGGGCUAUAUGGUUGUCCAUCAGUGUGUGGCUCGUGGCAGCUGCUGCCUGUUCUCCAUACUUAAAGUACCGAAACACUGAAAGACUAAAAGACUGUGAAUAUUGCUACUUCGACUUCAAUUCAGAGGAAAAGACACGCCAUGACUGGAGUGCCAUGGUUGCUAAGCGACAAAUAGCAAUGGCCAUCACCCACUUCGUGCUUGGCUUCCUGGUACCCCUGACUAUCAUCAGCAUCUGUACCCACUGCAUCCGGGCCAAGCUCUGCAGGGAGGGCUGGGUGCACGCGAAGAGGCCCAAGAGGCUGCUUGUGGUGGUUGUAAGCGCCUUCUUCAUCUUCUGGCUCCCCUUCAAUGUGGUGCUCCUGGUGAAGUCUGUGCUGCUGACGUCUCUGGAGCAGCCCUUCUACCCCAAGAUGCAGCUUAUCUCAUGGGCUGUCUUUGCUUUGGGCUGCCUCAACAGCUGCAUCAACCCCUUCCUCUAUGUCUUCAUUGGCAGGGAUUUCCAGGAACGAUUUUUCCAGUCUCUACCUUCUGCCCUGGCUAGAGUGUUUGGGGAAGAGGGUUUUAUCAGUCAUCCUGUCCCUGAGGCCAAUACCCCUGCAGAGAGUGGAAACCGUCCAGUUCAGAAUGGAAACCCACCUUCAUAGUCUAUGAACAAAAACAUUAACUUCUGAGGCUUGUUUCUACUUCUAGGAAGUCCUUCCAGCAAUCCACCAUCAUAAGCCUUCUAGUAUAGACAUCACCAUCUAUUUCCAACAUGGUGGGCUGUGAAAAAGAAAGACUACAUUACCUAGUGUCCUUUGCAACUAUAUAUAGCCAUGUGACUGAAAGCUGGCCAAUAGGUUGUAAGUAUGCACAUUGACCAUGUAACUUUCUUAAAUUGACCUUAAAUGAAAGAGUUUUGUCCACCCCUCCUAAGUUUGACUAGAAAUGGAAUGUAUCAGCCAGUUUUUGCUAUUUGACA